AUGGCUUCGGUCGUGGAAGCUUUGAAGCCUUUUCACUCAGUCGGCCAGGUGUUCGCUUGGUCGGAUUCAAGCGUGACGUUGACAUGGAUCAAGUCUUGUCCAUCCAGAUGGAAGACGUUUGUGGCCAACCGGGUCAGUCAUAUACAGGACAUCAUCCCUCCCGAAUCAUGGCAUCACGUCAGAACUACCGACAACCCAGCGGACUGCGGAUCGCGGGGUUUACUUCCCCACGAUUUGGUCAACCAAACCUGUUGGUGGAACGGGCCAGUUUGGCUCAGCCGUCCUGCUGAAAGCUGGCCUAAGUCGGCGCUAGAGCCAGAGAGGGAUAUUCUCCAUGACGAGGAGAGGAUUACGGUUCUCGUAGUGUCUAACGACAGCUCACUACUUGAGUCCUUGAUGGAGCGGUUCUCGUCGCUACGGACGCUUCAACGUAUCAUAGCGUAUUGUCGCCGCUUCGCAAAUAAUGCGAAGAACCAAAAGGUGCCCAGCAAAUUGUUGAGCGGGCCUCUAACACCUCCCGAGAUCCAGCAAGGACUCUUGGUUCUCGUGCGUUGCGUGCAACAGCAUAGCUUCGCGGAGGAAGCGGAGAAAAUUUCGAAUAACCUAUCGAACUCUCUUCCUAAAGCUUUUAGAAAAUUGGCCCCAUUCAUGGAUGACGCGGGUCUCCUUAGGGUGGGCGGCCGCUUGUCCCGAGCUUCUCUCGAUUUCGACGUGAAGCAUCCAUUGCUUCUACCUCGCGACCAUCGUUUGACCUUUCUUCUUAUAGACGAAUAUCACAAGCGGUUCAUGCACCCAGGGGUUCAAACCCUCCACAAUCUGCUAGCGCAACACUUUUGGAUUAUGAGUCCAAAACGAGCUAUUUAUGCGGUCGUAUCGAAGUGUUUGAGGUGCUUUCGGGUACGCCCACUGGGUGCCCCGGCGCCGUUCAUGGGGGAUCUGCCUUCCUAUCGAAUAAACCAGCUUAAGGCUUUCUCUAGCGCAGCGGUCGACUUUGGAGGGCCUUUUGACAUCGCCCUCGGCCGUGGACGCGGUCGCAAUAAUAAGACUUAUAAGGGCUACGUCUGCGUCUUUGUCUGCACUGCGACAAAGGCGGUCCACAUCGAGCUCGCCACGGAAUUGUCAUCAGACGCAUUCUUGGCCGCACUUCGGCGGUUUGUGUCGCGUCGUGGUCGAUGCUGUCGUCUAGUGUCCGACCAAGGGAAAAACUUCGUCGGUGCAAGCAACAUCCUCCAACGGCUAGUGAAGGACGCUGCUACACACGAUGGCAUCAGGUUUGAAUUCAACCCGCCGGGUAGCCCACACUUCUCAGGCCUUGCUGAAGCUGGGAUCAAGGCGGUGAAAACACACUUGUCGCGUGUCAUCGGCAAUCAGCGGCUGACCUAUGAGGAAUUCUCGACGGUCUUGAGCCAAGUUGAAGCUCUGCUCAACUCAAGGCCACUCACUCCUCUCAGCUCUGAUCCAAACGACCUAUCAGCUCUGACUCCAGGUCACUUCCUCACCACGGAACCCUUGUCGAUAGUGCCCGAGGAAGACCUGUCAGACGUUCGUGUCGGCCCUCUCCAACGCUGGAAGUUGCUACAGAAGAUGCACCAGGACUUCUGGAGCAAGUGGUCGAAGGAGUAUAUGCAUACUCUCCAGCAGAGGAUGAAGUGGCACUACAAACAUCCUAACGUCCAAGUCGGCACGCUCGUGCUCGUUGUAAACGAGCAAACGAGUCCAAUGAAGUGGCCCUUGGGCCGCAUCAUUGACACACACCCCGGAUCUGACGGGAUCUGUCGUGUGGUCACUGUGCGCACUGCCACAGGACUGUACAAGCGGCCUGUGGUCAAGUUGUGCCCAAUACCGCUGUGA